AUGAAUUUCGAUGAAUCGCCUGGAGGUUCGUCGAGUAAAGGACAAGAAAAUGGCGACGAUUCGAAUGGAUCUGAUCGCCCACUCAAGAAAGCACGUUUUGCGUGGCAAGUUAAAGGCAAAUAUCAUUUAAAAAAUGAUGCAAACGAUGCGGCUGUGGAUGCUACAACAUCUACCGAGUCAGAAUCCACUGAUGAGGAAAUGGCUGGUUGUUCAGGCUAUACUUGUUUGACACCAGAUGACCUAUUAGACAAUACCAAUACCGACAUAAGUGAAGCUAUAGAUCCAUAUUUAGACACCUUAGGUGAAUACAUUUACGAUCAAGAGCUGAAAAACCUACAAUAUGUUACUGGUAGUGCUGAUGAAUCCCUUCGAAGAAUAAGUAAAAUAGAAGAUUUUGAAUAUAAAACUACAAGAAAUGAUUCUGUUAUUGGUAGUUAUGAAGUGGACUCUGUUCCUAUGUCAUUAGUAGCAUCAGAGACUUACACAGAAGACCAGUGCAUAGCUCGGUGGCAGGCUAAACAGAUGGCGAGAGGAUCUAUUGACAAUACAAUAAACCGUGUCCUAGAUUUCUGUAAAGAAAGUACAUCAACACCUGAAGAGGACCAUGUAGCACAUGAUGUGGCAGAACUAAUAAACAAUCUCCCUGAGGAUGACAGUAUUGAAAACGAAGGAAUACUUAUGGCUAUCUCAGCUCACGGAUUACAAAAUGCUUCCAACUCUUCUUUAGCUAGAGUUGGGGAAUUUGAAGAACAAUGUGACUCAAUUGACUAUGAUGGAAUGCCACCAAAUGUAGAAAUUAGUGUACCUAAUUCUCGGUCGGAUGUAGAAUCUCCAGAAAGAUAUCAACAUGGUUUAAAUUUAGGAUUGAAUAAUAUAGAUAUGCAAUGGUCUUAUUCAAACGCUGAAAGGAGUAGAGGAAACGAAAAUUCCCCAUCUCCAUCAAAUGUAGGCCUGCCAUUUGCAUUUAUUGAGAAUCUCCGUAAUGGUGAUGUAGCUUCUGGGAUUAUGAAUGAUUCUGACAAUCACUGUGAUGUCCUUGAUGCGGCCGUUCUGUUUGCCAUACAGAGCAAAGGAUUGACUACGUUUGGAACUGACUAUGGCUAA